AUGCCGACCAAGAGCAUCAGCAUGCAGGUGCUUAAGCGGGGGCAGCAAGUGAAAAAGACCGUGGACCUAGCAGAAGGUGCAACUGUCAAAGAUGUGGUUUCCAAGCUGGCCCAGCUGACGGGGACCGCCAAAUCAUCUCUGUUUGUUGCCGAAGUUCGCAACCUCGACAAAGUGCGUCUCUUUAGUGGCGAGGCUCCUACGGGCACCUUUGAAGUUGGAGGGUUGGAGACCAUCGAGGAUGUGCCUGAGGUCAUCCCUGUAGAGCACCAGGUGGAUGCCCUCGGCGUCGAGAAGUCGCUGCAGCUCUUGGAUGAGCUGAUUGCCGCUUACAAGACUGCCGAGUUUCAGGCAAGCCUGUCUGAAUUCCAGCAAUCCUUCAUGGAUGGACAAAGAGACAUCCGCCAGUACAGCGUGCUCCUGGCCGAUGUGGCUGGGCAUGCGCAGGAGCCGGUGUUUGCCAAAUGGGGAUACGAAGCGACCACGUCCGGGAGGAUGGACAUGUAUGCUGCAAUGCAAGACGUUGCAUCCGAUGAAGCCGUCAAAGCCAAGCAGCUGGAAGCUCGGGCAGACUUUCCAGUGGCUACCAGAAUCGAUGAGACCGGCUAUUUCAGCCUGAGCCGGCUGUGCAGAACACGCUCCGUGCAUCGCAUCGCGUGUCAUGCCAUGAUUGGCUUGCCGGAUGGCUGUCUUGCCCUUGCGAUUGCUGCUGCCCCUCACCGCCACCGAAUUGGCAACCACAACGCGAAGGUCUACACUCAGGUCAUCCGGCCCGCAGCGAUUGUCAUAUCUUGCACGCCCAAUUGCGUUGAAGGCGUUUGGUUAAAGCUUGAGAUCUGGGCCAAAGGAGGCCUCUCCGAGCUCUCCUCCAGCAAGGCCUGGGUGCGGAGACCGGUUAGUGCAAUCAUUGUUGUUUGCACCCGCUGUGCCCCAGACCGUGGCGGCCGUCUGUGCUGCUAUGCGUGGCCGACCUACAAGAACGUACGGGAUGCGCCAACACGAUGGCCCAUGACGGAAGACAAAAAACAGGUGCAAAGCCAUCUAAGAGCAACUUGUCGCUAUGCCUUCAGAACGAGCCAAAGCAUUCUGAAGAAUGGCAAAUCCGCGUUUGACGCCUUUGCCUUUGCCAGUCCUGGGCGUGCUGCUUUGUCACUUCUGACGCUCGGGCCCCAGAUCCAGGCGACAUCAAAGAUAGUCAAUCAAGUGCAGCAUCAGUUGGUGUCGCACUACAAAUCCUUUUGGGAACCAGAAAUUUCGUUAUGGAUGACAGCGGCAUCUCGCUUCAACGGAUCGUUGCUGAGCGCCCCGAAGCGCGAGAUCUGCGCGGUCGAUCCUGGAUCCAAACACUCCAGUCAUCACGAGCUAUCUGCUGUCUCCGGUGGAAAUGGAUCGGGCUGCUUGAUCCGACAUAGGCUGCUGCUUGUGUUACUCUUGCUGGCUGCCGCUUGGGUGGCUGCCAUUGCAUACUUAAAAGCACCGGCGGCCAUGCCUGUCAGUACUACCACUUCAGCGGCCAGCACUUCCACAAGCUCUGCGCGAAUCAUUCCAUGGUGUGAAGGAGCAAACGUGUCGGCUCUGUCUUUGCCCAAAACGGGCUGGUGCUUUUGCCUAUAUGGUGGCAGGUGCGUCGACCACUUCAGCUGUGUGGACGUCCCACUUCGAGAAUGCCAAGUGGCUUCUUGUGGCGAAGCCUCAUUGGAAAUCACUGCAUCCACCGCCUCCUUUCGAAACAUUCGGCUGGACAGCGAUAUUCUCAGCGUUCCAGUGGAGUAUUUUCGAGAUGUCAAGAAGCUCGCCGACGAAUGUCCUCAGCAUGCUCCGCAACUCUUAGCUGCACUCCUGGCCGCAGGGCGGCGGGUCUUUGUGUCCACCGCCGCGGGCGGGCCAGGUGCUCCCCAGCCUCAGUUCCAGUGCGUGCACUUGUACCCGCACGUAUCUGUACCUUGGCUUCACGUGCACACAUUCAUCGGGUCAGUGCCUGCUGAAGAACUGCCGGGCAGUCCGCCCUUUGCAGCCUGUGCUUCAGCAACGGUAUCCGAGGCAGCUGCUGCGCAGCACAUCCUCAAGCUUGCCCGCUGA